UCUUUGAUAUAUUGCAGUUGCUGUCGCAGUACGCAUGCGCGGACGGCUGCCUCCGCUACCCCCCGCACCGCUCGGAGCUCAGAGAGCAGGUUGCCCGGACACCUUCGCUGCUGUUCCCGCUUACCCUCCGCCUCGGGAGCCGUUACUCGGAUACAAACUUAGUUCCUUUCACCGGACACCGAGCAGCCGACAGAAACAAACUGUUUGCGGAGGCGCUGUGACCGGCUGAGCCUCCCCCUCCUCUUAUCGGUUCACCUCGCGGUGGUCAGCGGACACUCACUGGAGUGGGACCGGAGAGGCUGAGCAGUGGGAGGCGUUGGACUGCAUGAGGAGGCCGAGCGACAGGACGCUGGUCCUCACCUAGACCCCGCCCCCAUCGACCCCUGACCCCCACAGCGCGCCGACAUGAGGUCGUUCCGGUCGUUUGCGAACGACGACCGCCAUGUCAUGGCCAAACACGCCAGCGUCUACCCGGCGCCGGAGGAGCUGGAGGCCGUCCAGGCGCUGGUGUCCACCGCAGAGGGAGCUCUGAAGAAGGUUUCUGACUGGAUGGACGGCCUGAAGGACUCCCCAGGGAAGACGUCCAGCUGUGAUGAUGAGGAGGAGGAAGAUGCUGCUGAGACGGACCCACCUGGAGCGCCGGUUCUGUGCGGGGUGACCCGGGUCGGCCUGCUGGCCAAAGGUCUGCUGAUCAGAGGCGACGUGGAGCUGGAGCUGGUGCUGAUGUGCCGACCCAAACCCACCAAGCUGCUGCUGUACACCAUCAGCGCCAACCUGCCCCUGCAGAUCCAGACGAUGACAGACGACAGGUAUGAGGUCCAGUCGUGUGUCUCUGAGGCAGCGAUCCGAGUCUGCAGCACCAAAGAUCCCAGACUGACCCUGAAGAUCACCCUGACCUCGCUCGCCAUGAGGGAGGAAGAGGAAGAUGAUGAAGAGGAAGUCGAUCAAGAGGAAGGCGAGCCGAGGUGUGAGGAAGAGGAGGAGGAAGAUGUGCUGGACGGGCUGAAGUGCCAGGCGGCGCUGGCGGCGCUCCGACACGCCAAGUGGUUCCAGGCCCGGGUCGCCGACCUCAAGUCCUGCCUGGUGGUUCUGCGGGUUCUGAGGGACGUGUGCAUCCGCCAGCCGGAGUGGCAGCCUCUUCAAGGAUGGCCGCUGGAGCUGAUCUGUGAGAAGGCCGUCGCCACUAGCAACCGGCCGCUGGGUCCAGGAGAAGCUCUGCGCCGGGUCAUGGAGUGCGUCGCCUCAGGGAUCCUGCUACCAGGAGGCCCAGGAGUUCACGACCCAUGUGAGCGGGAACCCAGAGACGUUCUGACGCAGCUCAGCGCGCAGGAAGCCGACGCCCUGACGCGCAGCGCCCAGCAUGCGCUGCGCCUCAUUGCGUUCGGUCAGCUCUACAAGGUUCUGAACAUGGAUCCUCUGCUGGCCACCAAGGCUUCUCCACGGCUGCUGGAAGGCGGCUCCCUGAAGAGGCUCCGGGGCGACUCAGGCUGUGACGACAGAGAUUUCACCAAACGGAUGAAAGUGCUGGACUGGAGGAUGACCGACCCGAACCAUCCCAUGAAUGCUCUGAUGCGUCUGAACCAGAUCCAUCCGGGCCUUCAGUACCGCCUGCUGUGUCAGUCGGGUCCGGUCCACGCGCCGGUCUUCACCAUGUCUGUAGAGAUCCAGGGAACCACAUACCAGGCCAGCGGGAACUCCAAGAGGACGGCCAAGCUGCAGGUGGCCCUGAAGGCCCUUCAGGCUCUGGGUUUCGUGCUCGCCUCAGACGGGGACCUGGACUCUCUGAGCGCCGAUGAGAAGUCUGACGGAGAAGGAAAGAACGACAGGAUGUCCACCAGCUCCAGCUCCACAUCCGUCACCUCCUCCACGGAGACGCAGGAGUCCAGAGCUCCGGGUCCGAUCCUGACGGCGGGCGGGAAAAACCCGGUGAUGGAGCUGAACGAGAAGCGGCGCGGCCUGAAGUACGAUCUGAUCUCAGAGAGCGGCAGCAGCUCCGACAAACGCUUCAUCAUAGAGGUGGAGGUGGAUAAGCAGGUGUUCCGGGGAACCGGUCCCAAUAAGAAGGUAGCCAAAGCCAGCGCGGCGCUCGCCGCUCUCAACAGCUUGUUCUCUGGAUCCAAACCGACCAACGUGAAGAAGAAACGCCUCAACCCAGCACCGAAGCGACCCCUGACCUCCGUGCUGACCAUCCCGACACUCGCCGCCAGACCUCCACGGAUCCCCGUCCUGCCCAGAGCGCCGUACAUCAGCACGCCCCACACACACGGCUACAUCGCCCCAGGUUUUGGUGCUCCGUACGGCUACAGCCCUGCUGCCCCCCUCCCUGCCUACAGUCUUCCCUCCAGAUUGCCCUCAGUAGUUUUUCCCGUCAUCAGAGUUCCCCCCGUUUACCCCGUCACCCACCUGUACCCUUAUUAGCCCCGCCCACCUGUAACCCUAUUAGCCCCGCCCACCUUUACCUGUAUUAGCCCCGCCCACCUUUACCUGUAUUAGCCCCGCCCAACUGUACCCCGAUUAGCCCCGCCCACCUUUACCUGUAUUAGCCCCGCCCAGCUGUACCCCGAUUAGCCCCGCCCACCUUUACCUGUAUUAGCCCCGCCCACCUUUACCUGUAUUAGCCCCGCCCAGCUGUACCCCUAUUAGCCCCGCCCACCUGUACCCCUUCUAGACCCGCCCACCUGUACCUGUAUUAGCCCCGCCCACCUGUACCCCUUCUAGCCCCGCCCCUCCACCCGUUAAAGGAAUAUCCCCACUAAAGCUGAGGAUCAGCGUCUGACAUCAAACAUUUCAGCUACAAACUGUUGAUGAGUUUAAUUCUGCAGCUUUAAAGACAGAAGAAGAAGAAUUAUGUUCAAUAAUCCAAAACAUUUGAAACAUCUUCUCGUUUUCACACCUUCAAAUCUGCAUAAAGUGACUCAACAUUCCUCAUGUAGAGGAGAAUCACUCACAACCCCCUGAUCAAUAAACACUGACGCUUAUGACAUUUUAAUGUUUUCAGGAUUAUUAUGUUUAAUCAUACCAGGCUGAAGGAAAUAAACGGAUCUGAUGCAGAUUAGAUUUAUAAUCAGCAGCUUUUGGAUAAGAGAUUUUUUCACCUGCAGCAGGUUAGAAAGUUUGAAAGUUGAACAUCCUGCUGACUGGAGCUGAAGUUACAGCCUGGAUGAAAUGAUGUUUGUUUCAGGGAGAGCAGCUCUUUCAGCAGCAGCUUCAUGUCUCAGUUUGUAGGUUUUUGUCAUUUUUGGUUUUAUAUUUUGUGUUUGAGAUGUUUGUUGUGUUGAGAUAAAGUCUACAGUUAGUUUGAUCCAGAACCCUCUGCAGUGAUGAAGCUGUGAUGAAGCAGUGAAGCCCAGAAUGUGUCGGAUAUUCCUUUAACUUUCCCUCCUGUGAUUCUUUCGCUUGUUUUUGGUUGUUUGGUGUUGAAAAGUUUACAGCAAUCAGUUGCACUGAAAACAUUUUUCCUUUCAUUUCAUAUCAACUGUUUACAUUUGCUACUGUUUUAUUUUGACAUGGCUGUUAAUAAUAAUCUUUUUAAAUAAAAAUAUUUUUGUCAA